AUGUCGUCAUUUGGUCUGCCUAAUGCACCUCAAGAGGCGAAUCUUAAUCAUGUACUCAUCCAGAUCCCCAGCCGGGAGUCUAGAAGUGAUCGAGGCCGGACGUCGAGCAUCCGUGUGAGCAGUGAUUUCGACUAUGAUGAAUUUCGAAAAUGGGUGGAAGUUGAAAGUGCGAUACCUCCUGGACGCCCGCUUGUCGGCCCGCUUGUCGGCCCUUCUCGACCUGAUAUCAUACGCAUGGUCGACAUCGAUAGCACCAGCUCGUUCUGGAUUGCGUUGACACAGAUCCAAAGGGGUAGUGUACCGCUCACUAUCAACCCUCAGACCGGACUUCCAACACUUCCAUUGGAGGCAGCCAAUGAAUUUAGUAUGAAUGAGGGAGAAGGCGAUUCGGAGUCGGCGCCACAGCGUGAGGAAAGCACAACGUCUUCGCGAGCUUCAGGGAACUUAGGGGAUCCCGGUGCGUCGGAGCCUUCGGAUCCCGAUAACAUUUUUAUCGACUCCUCUUCGCCAGCAGGACCUGGCCGAACUCCGCGCCCACUGGAAGGACUUGGAAGGAACUCGGAGGUUACUGACUCACCUGGCAGUAGGUCCGGACUUGGAGACGAUCUUUCAGGUUUAAUCAACCCUUUGGACUUCCCGUCUCAAGCUCCUUCAACUCCUAACCGCCAACGACCAAGUCCCCAGGGUUCACCACUCCCAAACAAUACCAACUCCUCCAGAAAAAGCGCAACCACUCCAGCAGGUAAAAUUGCCUCCUCGGCUGGAGAUGAUUCCCCGGCCAGAAAUGACCCCCAAGAAGCAGAAGAAGAAGCCGCAGCCCCACAAGCUGGUUUGAGCGAGGACGAAUCGUCCGUAAGCGAGGAUUCGGUCUUGCAGCAGAUGAAUCUCGACUACAACACCGUCGAUGACGACACCUGGAGAGAAGUAUGCAAAUUCUUCAACUGCGCUCCCGAAGCUGAGAAGGUUAAGCUUGACGGUAUAUUGCUUUCUCUCGAACCGUACCAGAUGUACGCGGUCUACCUCACUCUCAGGCAAGUAACUAGAAAGAUAGCAUCUUUCAUGAUCGGAGACGACGUGGGGUUCGAUAAAACAGGCAUGUCAAUCUGCGUUUUGAUUUUGUUUCGAAUCAUCCACGUCAAAUAUGAGGAGGUGUUAGGUGAGUGGGACACCAAAAGAACCCUACAUCCUGUCGUAGCCAGAGAACAUCUCGGCAAGGGGAGGCAAGGCAAAGACGUCGCUUGCCCUAGUCAAAGACCUCGGGGCAUACUGUGUCCUUGCGUCGUUUCGGGUCCUUCUCACCAGAUUGCUAUGACGCUGCCUUCCCUUCCUAGCAUCGUCGUAUGCCCCCCGGACCUCCUCCCGAACUGGGUCAGCGAGUUUGGGAGCCCUUCAAGGGGAAUGCAGAUAUCCGGUUCCCAUACGUCAUACGAUAAAUCGGACUACGCGCAUAGUCUAUUCGUUACGGAUCUCACCAAAGCCAAGAUAGAUUGGAUCCAUGCUCAUGACAAUAACCCGAACGCAGCACCGAAGCCGACCUACGACCUGGUUCCUAGAGACACCCGCGGGUCACAGAGAGUCAUCCUUGUGAGUCGGCUAGGAACUGAGAGCUUGAGGGCCAAGUAUGUCAAGAAGAAUGCCACCUACGCUGGACCCGACGAUGGCAAGCUUCGAUCGAAAAAUAUGGACAUGAGCCAGCUGGCCGCAGCUUUUGUCUUCUUCGAUGAAUUUCAUGGGUAUCGAGGCGGCAAGGACAGUCUCACGGAGCCCUUUAGGUUCCUCAAGAAGAUUGCUUGGGACUCCAAAUACCCUACUGUUGCUGUAGGCUUGUCGGGCUCACUGAGAAGCAAUCCGCUUUUUUGGCGGCCCUUCGUAGAGCAUGCUUUCAACGUUGCAGCAAAUCAAGAAUGGGUGAUGGAUCUUGCAGGGCUGAAGAGAGUCUCUGACCUUGACCAAUACCAGACAACUUGGCGGUAUCUCCUUGACCAUUUCAACACACAAGACAGCAAGAAAAGCGGUGAUUACGACAACCGUCACGACAGCCUCGAGGCAUUUCUCGAGAAGUUCAUCCCGAUCAUGAUGCAGGACCGAAAGAAGGACUCCUUCUUCAGAGGCGUUCCUAUUUUCAAGUCCGCGCCCGUCAUCGAAUUAAAGCACGACAUGUAUAAAGGAGCCGUUUACAAUGCUUUCCGCGAACUGGACAAAAUCGAGCAGUGGCAAAAGGACGGUCAAAGAGGCGAAGCACCCGAGCGAGGAGCCGUUGAGAGAAGGCUUCUUGACCGGGCUGCAAGUGCACCCGGUGCGCCUGGCGGGAACAGCUCGUUUUCCAUCAUUAUGCACGCUUCCUGCUUUCCUGCCGUAGCUCGACUUGUCUCUAGCGAUACGGUAGCAUACGAGCAAAUGCUCGUAGACAAGCUUGGCCCAUUGUCAAAGCAGAUUAGCGAUCUUCUGUCGUCAGUCCUCAGAGGCCAGAAAGCAAACCAGAGAGAUGAUCUCGCCUUGCUCGAGCAGUCGCCCUGUGUUACCGCAAAUGACGACCGGGUCGCGGCGCUUGGCCCGCCUCCCCCAGACGGCUCGAACGCUCGGCACGUGCUCGUCUUCUCUGACUCCCCGUUGUCGACAUUCCUUACUUUCAUGUGUCUCUACCAGCGAUUCUCUAAGGAAAAUGUCGAGUUCAUAUACGCCCACGGGGGGCAAAAGAACAGAGGCGAUCUAUGUGGUUACAUGAACAAGGUCUGCAAGCCAAACGCGCCGAUGAAAACAUUCCUAGGCACGUUCAUUAACGGCGGCGAGGGACACAAUAUGCAGAGAGCCUCCCACGUGAUCCUGUCUGAAGUGCCCGGGAGCGUAGAGAAGCAAACGCAAGCCUUCGGCCGCGUGGACCGGAAGGGGCAGGAGAUGAAACCGGUACUCAUCCAGUUGUAUGACACCCGGAAUCUGGCUGAAACCGUGCGACGCAUUCGCAACCGAAACCGCAACCGCUUCAAGUUAGGAAAGAUUGGUCAUAAUGACGAGGAAUACCAGUUGGCAAACUUCUUGUGA